AACCUGAAGGCAGCGCGUGACUCCACUAGUACAUCCGGGACAUUGAGGAGUUUCACAUGUCAGUUGGCUCAGCUGUCAAGGCUCAGCUGCAUGAGAAGGAGAGGCUCCCGUAGAUAGUCUGGGUUUAACCACGUCUUUCGGGAGAAGAGAUGGCGCUGAUGGGGGUUCAGCUGGUGGUCAGCUUGCUGGCCGCCAGCAUUAUGCAGAAGAUGGCUCCACAUUGCUCAUUUGCACGCUGGCUACUCUGCAACGGCAGUUUGUUCCGGUUCAAACACCCAUCAGAGGGAGAGCUGUGUGCAUUGGCCGGAAAGCAGAUGCCCAAACAGAACAGGAGAGACAGGAGACAGAAUGGGGAGAACAAGCCUCUCACUGUGCCCAAAGACAUCGACCUUCACCUGGAGAAAGCCCCAGUCAAUGUCAUUGAUGCUCUUGUGCUGCGUUUUUUCCUGGAAUACCAGUGGCUGGUAGAUUUUGCAGUCUAUGCAACGGGUGUCUACCUGUUCACUGAGUGUUAUUACAAUGUGGUGGAUGCCAGCAAAGAGGUCAAUAUUGGAGCUAUCUGGUGUGUUCUGACUGUUCUCUUCAGUCUAAAGACCCUUUACACUCUGAUGAGCCACUACUUCCGCUCCGAAGAGGGCGGUGAGCGAUCAGUGUGCCUUGCCUUUGGCUUUCUGUCUCUGCUCGUGGCCAUGCUGGUGCUGGUGGUGAGAGAGGACUACCUGGAGUUUGGCCUGGAGUCUGGCUUUUCCAGUCUCUUUGACAACUUGGAAAUCUUCGCCAAACAGCAGGGCUACGCUGACUGGUCAAUCCCAGUGACUAAGCUGACAGUGAAGCUCGGUCUGGCGGCUGUCUGUGCUUACAUUGGCGCUCUGCUGGCCUUCCCCGGACUGCGACUGGCUCAGACUCACCUCGAUGCUGUACAGAUGAACUCAGACCGGCCACUCAUCCAGAUUCUGCUGCACAUGAGUUUCCUGUCUCCAGUCAUUGUGUUGGUUCUGUGGGUGAAACCCAUGGCAAGAGACUUCCUGGCCAACGCACCCAUAGGAAAGACCUCUAUUACGAUAGUGCCCAGUGCAAUGUUUGACAGCAUGCGUCUGUGGAUCAUCGUGGUGCUGUGUGUGCUGCGCCUAGCACUGACUCGUUACCACCUGCAGGCCUACCUCAACCUGGCUCAGAAGUGGGUCGAACAGAUGAAGAAGGAGGCGGGACGUAUCGCUGCCAUUGACAUUCAGAGGAAGGUUACACGAGUGUUUUGCUAUCUGACUGUAGUCACUCUCCAGUAUCUGGUUCCUGUUUUUCUCAUCCUCUUCUCCACGCUGUCGCUCAAGGCACUAGGGGACUUCUCCUGGGGAAUGGGUGCAGAAGAGACCCCCGGGGUGACACCGGCACUGGUGUUGCCCACAGCAGCACCUGUGUUGGCCGGCGGUCCUGAUGAAGAUGAAGAGGGGAUGGAGGACAUGGAGGAAGACAUCCAGGCCACAGUAGCUCACCUGUCAGCGACCUUCACAGCGCUGCGGUCCGUCCUCACUCCACUUUUCUUCCGAGGCUUCUUCGCCUUCCUCACCUGGUGGGUGGCUGCCUGCCAGGUCAUCAGCUCUCUUUUUGGCAUCUACUUCCACCAGUACCUUAUGCAGAACUAACUGAGGAAAGCAGAGUGCCAUACUGCUCUACCUGCAAUGCAACUCUAGCCCUCAGCUAUUGUUGUACUGUCACAAAGGUUUCCUGCUGCAGAGGGGGGACAUUUCAUUAAAACACUACAGACAGAAUGCACCAUGUUUUUGGUCGUAACAGAAGAAUUCAUCAAGGUUUGUUGAGAAGAGAAUGGUGGUGGGCGCUGUCUGUUGCAACAUUAGCUCCCUUGUUGCCCUUCCGACUUUUUAUGACCAGCAGGCUACUGGCAUCAGUAACGCCAAUGUACAGAGAGAAUUGGAGUCUGUAUCGCGAAGCAAGUGUAACUUAGUCUGGCUUUCUUUGGGUUGCCCGACUUUACUGAGUCUGACAUUGGCAAUCCUUGAAAAACGGUAUCACGGAGGAGGUUAUCAGCUGCCUCAGCUCACUCUAUGUUGACUCACGUUCAUGCAACAUCAAAAGAACCAUGAGUGGAGUAUUUGAUAUGAUGCAGGGAUACCUGUGGGAAAAUUAGGUUAGUGCAGUAGCAAUAGGUGAUACUCAGCGAGGUGAAAGAUAUAGACCAUAAUCACAGAAGUGGAAUAGAAUAAGAGGCUGUAGAAAGAGGAGAGGAGUCAUUUCCAAACUUUCCCUGCUGCUAAAGCAGACAGAAGUAUGGAUAGAAAAACAAAUGCAAAUGAAAAACAUGAAAACUUGAUAAGGUCAAUCUGACCGAAAUGUUACACGUAUACUUUCCUGAGCUAAUAAACAGUGAGCGCAAUGCCGUGCCCAGUCAAUAUGCAGCUAUAAUAACCAUUCAUUAGGUUGUUAAUUUUUUAAACUAUCUGUUCACUCAAAGUCCUGAUCGAAACAUAGAGUGGACACAUGAUUGUACAAAAACCAUUUCUUUAUCUUUCAUAGUAAGUAAGGGAUUCUACUGCUCUAGAAAAUGUCUCUAUUUCUCUUAUUUCACUUUUUUGUGAACGCAGUACUUUUGUCCACAUCAGGAUUCUUCAGAAAUGAUGACUGUUUUGCCAGUGAGCUGACUGGUCAGGUUAGCCGUGCAGCCCAGGUUACCGUGAUGGUCUGUCCCAAUCGAAAGUGAGCCUGCUUCGUGAUACCAAAAAACUUGAGUAAAGCCCAAAGGCAGCUGUCUAACCCACUAAUCUCGCUUUGUGAUCCAGAUCCCUGAUGAUCUUCCAGCUACUUCAGCAGAACGUUUUUCUGCAACUUUUCAGAUGCAUCUAUGCCAGUGUUACCCGAAUGUUCUUUCUAGAACAUUGUUAAAUGCUGCAUAUGAGAUAUUUAAUGCUACCAGGUUGAGUAUUAGUACUUGUCCCAGUGUAGAUAAGACGCUUUAUUUUUUUGAGGGAGUCUUCGUCCUCCUUAAGGAACCGAUUCAAGUGUGCUAAAUGGUUUUGGGUUGUUUUUGUUUGUUUGUUUGUUUUUUCCUCUGGUUGUGUUUUUCUGCUUCAAUGUAUUGAUUGCAAAUAAGUAGUCUCAGAUCUCAGAUCCAGCUCAUGAAUUUAACGCAGCUGAACAACUGUAGUUGGGACUGUGUAUUAGCCAAGAACUGAAGAGUGGUUGCUUUGUAUAUAAAGAGUUUCGUUCAGAAUUCCUAAGUGCCUGGGAGCUCAGGGAUUUUGAGUCAGUUUUAAAAACUCCUUCCUCCCUGUUCAUGCAUAUUUACAAUGAAUGGAAUCCGUUGAUAGAUAAAAUUAACACGCCAAACUCAAUUCUGUUUUUCCCAUCCUUUUCAAACACUAUUCACUGGCAACAUUUUCAGUCGCAGUGUCUUCAUUAGCUACAUGUAUUUGUAGGUUUUUGCUGUUUUUGUUGCCAAUCAGUCAUGUACAUGUAGGAUUAGUCAAAGUCUAUUUUAAAUCAGUUUUGCAUUGGUUUAUUUUAUUUAUUUAUUUAUGACACAUUGCCUCAAAUAACUUUUGUUGUUUAGAAAUGAUACAGAUGCUGUGAUUCUGUGCAUUUUUUUAUUCUGUUUGUGGCAAGUUUUGAUUUUGUGUCCUGUUAUUUUUUUCUUAUCUUUGUUUUACAUAGCGUAUUUGAAUUGAAUGCUCUAAAAUCAUCGUACUGUGAAGUUCAUAUGAAAAUGUUGCUCUUUUUUUUUUUUAGAUUUUCUGAAUGCAUGGUGUUCAAACUUUUUGCUGUAACCUGAAUGUUUUGUUUUGUUUGUGUGGCUUUAAUAAAAUCAUUAUUUUCA